AUGGGGAACACUACAGAGGACGAUAUCGACAAGCAGAUAGAAUUGAGGGAGCAAGACAGGUGGUUACCCAUCAAUAAUGUUGCGCGUUUGAUGAAGAACACACUACCAGAGACUGCGAAAGUUUCCAAGAGUGCGAAGGAGUGUAUGCAAGAAUGUGUGAGCGAGUUCAUUUCAUUUGUAACAAGUGAGGCCAGUGAUAGGUGUGCGCAGGAUCGCAGGAAGACCAUCAAUGGUGAGGAUAUUCUUAUAUCCUUGCAUGCAUUAGGAUUUGAAAACUAUGCUGAAGUGCUUAAGAUAUACUUGGCUAAAUACAGGCAGCAGCAAGCUCUAAAGAACAACUACGAAGAGGACUCAUAA